CAAUAUUUAUAUACCACUUGAACCUCUAAAAACCCAUUAGCAUCCGAAGGACAAAAAAAUCUCAAGAAAAAUACCAAGGAUGAUCAAAUCCUAUUUACGUGUAAUAUUACUCUUAUUAUGCGCCACUAAUCUCUGCGCUUCAUCAUCAAUAACCAGAACCAGAACUAGAACAAUAACCAGAUCCAGAACCAGAACAAAAACGAAAACUGUAUCAUUACAUCAUGUAUACCAAACCAGUAGGACCAAGUGUCUGGGAUGUCACCACGACUCGUUACAGUUCUUGUUCCGACAAAAUUUGGUUCGUGCCCAAAGACUCGAAGCUCCUUUGAUUUGGGACCGCAGACUCCAGAACUACGCUCAAAACUGGGCUAAUCAAAGAAAAGGAGAUUGUGCUUUGAGACAUUCUUUCCAAAACGGAGAUUUUAGUUUCGGCGAAAACAUUUUCCAUGGAUACGGAAAAAACUGGUCCCCGGCCGACGCAGUGGUCGCGUGGGCCAGCGAGAAGCGGCACUAUAAUUACGGUUCCAACACGUGCGACCCUGGGAAGGUGUGUGGGCAUUACACACAGAUGGUGUGGAAGAACACGAGGAGGGUCGGGUGCGCACGUGUAAAGUGCAACAGUGGUGCGAUUUUCAUGACUUGUAACUAUGAUCCUCCCGGUAACUACAUCGGCCAGAAACCCUAUUGAGCGAUCAUUCAUCUACUCCUUGAUCUUAAUAUUGGAAAUUGUUAUAUGACUUUUUGAAGGAAAUUAGGUGGAUGUAUUGGGUAUUUUUCUAGAAAAUAGAUGUUUUUGCGGGGCUUGUGGUGCUGGUUAUGUUUGUAUCUCUAUACGUGAUUAUUUCACUUGAUGGUUGUAAUUGCAUUUACGGUUAUUCAUAUAUAU